CUCUUUCUUCGGACGACAGCGGAACCAACACCUCCCGCCCACAGCUGUCCAUACCGUCGUCGCUGACCUCUACCCAACUUCUCCCGACGCCAACUUCUCCCGACGCCGACGCUCAGCCUGCGCGCCCUGUCACCACCAUGCCCUUCGGCUUCCACCAAGACGUUGAAGCAAACAAUAUGGCUUCCUCGUCAGCUUCCGCCGCCGUUCCGAAAGGUCGCCUCUCUUCACACUCCAUCACCGUCUCCUUGACCUCCAACUCGAGCGACCGGCGAACGAUCGAGCUGCUUCCCGGCACCGCCUGCAUCAUCGGUCGAGCGUCCAAGUCGGAUUUCAAGAAUAUGCGGCCGACGGCCCACAACGCUCUCUUCGACUGCCCCGUUGUCUCCCGCACCCACGCCGAGUUGAGGGCCAGUCCGUGGCAGCCUCCGGGACGUCAAGUCACCAUCACCGACAAAAGCAGCCUCCACGGCACCACUGUGAAUGAUACCAAGCUGCAGCCUAAUGUCCCAUUCACGCUGAAGACGGGUGACGUGAUCAAGUUGGGUGAUACUGUCUCGCGUGGCAAGGAUACGCACGACGGCGUCUCCCUCACCUUUAAGCGCUUCGCCGACAUUACCGCCGCACCAACCUCGAGUCGAUCGCCAAUUACUGCCCGCGGCUUCCACCUUCCUGUCGAAUCUGAUCAGUCCGAUUUUGAGAGUGACGACGACUCUAUCGGAAGCAACCCACGCGAACACUCAUCGGCAAAGACAACACCCGAGCAGUACAAGAUGAAGCCAGGCUCUCAAUCACAACCCAUCGACCUCGACAGCACAUCCGUCGCACCAAAGAGCGUCAUCGAUCUUGACGCCGAUGAGGAGGAUGAGCUUGUCUUCACUCGUGCUAUUCGGCCAACGAUGCCCAGCACCAUUCAAGAGUCCGUCGACCGCGAUGCUCCAAUCAUCGUGCCGGAGUCCAUCACUGGACAGCCAGCCCGAUCUCCCGCCUAUGAGACAGAAUCGGAAGCAGAAGCCGAUACAAUGCUGCGAAACACCGGACUCUCUCAGAUCUUGAAUGCACCGAGAAGCGAUUCUGACGACGAACCGUUGUAUCCAGAUUCCGGAUCCGAAGGAGAUGACUACGAUGAUGCUCACAACGAUUCCGACGUCGACGAUGAGAACGGCGAGUCAGAGCUUGACGAGCAGGAGUGCCCAUCAGUUCGCGAGCCAUCUCCGGAGCUCGGCACUACGGAUGAGCCUAGCAGUCCACCAUACAUGCCGAUGAGUCCAGUUCAGAGCUAUGCCUUGCCGAGCAAGCCUCGCUACGAUCCCGUUCGAAGUUCUCAACCUCCGGCGGAAGAAAUUGGCGAGAAGAAAGCAGAAGUGCACGGGCUUGCUGAGAAGCCAACAUCAACUUGCACGUACGGGUACCCAGGAUCAUUCGGCAACAGCUUGAUGUAUCCGGCUACUGACUUGCCCGGUAAUAGUCGAUGGGAUGUCACCGCAACCAGUGUGUCGUCAUUCGGAUAUCAAAUCGAUCACACCGAGAAGGACAUCGCACCAACCCACUUCGCACCACCGACAAUGUUCGGUGCCUCUACUUCUACUCCAACAUUCGGACUGGACUCGCAGAUGCCAACAGCUUCGUACUGCUCUCCUCCGAACCCGGCGUAUAACACAUGGCAGACAGCUCCGAUUUCGACUACUACUGCUAAUGCUGACAGGAUUGCUAUUGACAAUCUCGUCGAGGAGCCGGCUAAGAGUACGACGGCCCAGCCACCACAGAAGACGGUCGUUGGCUUGGCUUCCGUGCGUACUAAGCACGCUAACGAGGACAUCAUCUAUCCAGACCUCAUCUAUCCAGAGGAGGUCCUUUCUACAGGAACCAAGCGUAAGGCUGACGAGAUGGAAGUGGACGAGAGCAACGAGUCUGCAGCGAGGAAAUCGGCCAAGGUCGAUGCCGCAACUAGCACGCGUGGAGUAUCACAUCGACGCAAGCAGAAGCAACCAAAGCGCAGCACCAUGAAGACUGUGGUUGUUGAGGCUGCGAAGCUGGUCGGUUAUGCUGGAAUCGGUGCUGCAGGCUUUGCAGCUUUCCUCAUGAGCCCUUAUGCCCAGCAAGCGAUUGAUUACCUUGGUUGAUUACAGCUUUGCCAGUGAAGGCACGGGACUGUGAGAGGACAUGAGUGCAUGGCUGCUGGACGUACUUCAAGCAACGACAUUUCGACUUUUUGGGGUUAUUGGGGGCGUCGCGUGAUCGGGCAUUAUGAUUAAACGAGAUACCUGGACGGGACGAGAGGCGUUGAUAAGGGCUGGCGUUUGCUGCUAUCCUCCCCCCAGACAAACGAUAUAAUCGAAGCCCCCGUCUAAUGACCAGACAGCUAGCUCUCUCAGUGAAUUCAUGGAACACAUUCUAGAC